AUGAGCGCUCCACGAGAUUUCACGGUCAAUGGGCUUGGGCGGAUCGGGAUCACUCUUAGAAACCAAGAUGGUCUUGAGCCGUUGCAGGAAAAUAGCUUGGAGUUCACUGGUCUGGCUUUUGCAAUUCAUGCUGGCCUGUCUAUUCUUGAAAAGCCUAAAGGACGUCAAGCUCUACAGAGAGUCGGCCUGGUUGUUGUUCAAGAGUGGGCUAGAGCACAAAUAUUCAGAUUUGGCGGUGACCCUAACUUGAUGCCACGAUACGUCGAUGAGUUUCUUCUUGCUGUUCGGAGGGACUUUCCUCGUGUCAUCGUUGGUGGCGUGGAGGGUUCAGAUGUAAUUGCUGAAACAAGACGGAUGCGUGGAUGGAAUGGUGAUCUGUUCCGUUUUGACGCUAAGCACGCUGCUGGUAUUUACUACAACCAUUCUCAUGUCACCCGGAUGGCCAUAGCUGCUCGACAAUCCAGUGACGGGAGUAGCGAGGGAAGAAAAAUGGGCAACCGUUUCAGAACCUUUCUCUUUCUAUUAGCCGUGGCCACUGCUCACGAGCUAACCCAUGUGUUCAUCACAUAUCUGGCUCAAGGCCAAGACGUUAUUGACUCAUACACCCCUCCACAAGUAUCGUACCUGAACUAUGUUGGUUUGACUGAUGACGAGAAUCUCCCAGUAACUGGGGAGUCAGGCCGUUGGCUCGAGAGUCGUCUAUUUGGUGGAUCAAUCGAGUUUUACAGAGAUUCUUCGGAUGACAGUGGCCAGUGCUGUCCUAAUGUUCAAGCAGAGUUCCGAACCUUUCCGUUUGAAACGACCGGUAGACCCAUGACGUAUCAGCAGAGACGGGCACGGGGACUUCUCAGCUUGGGCUCAACAGAGGCAACCGGGCAACAGGCAGGUGGUACUUUCAUGCGACCUCGUCGGGAGAGACCACAACGACUAUAUAGCAUUCCGGCCAGCGAGCUUUCUCGUGUACCUUUGGAGCCACGACGAGCCCUGCGGGUUCGACAAGUUGCGUAA